AUGAGUUCUUAUAUGCCAACACGAUAUGCUACUCUUGCACCUCGCUCGAUCAUGAACAAGCAUAGGAAUACACAGAGCCCGGUUCUUAAAAAACCUCCUCUUCCAAUUUCGCCUGAAUUUGAUUCAGUCUUAGCAGCUCAUGCUCCCAAGGAUAGCGAUUCAGUAGAUCGCUCAGAGUGGCUCAACAAGAUUCUUGAAUUACAUCCCGAAAUCAAGUCUUUGCGCGAGAGCGUAAAUCCAAUAUGCAGAGCCGCUGAAUUUGGAAGGCUAUAUUUACCAUCAAACAGAUAUAUUCCUCAUGAUGUUACUUUAGCUUUAAUUUCACAGCAUUUUCGUACUUUAGGUUUAACAGAAUCGCAAGCAGCCUUACACAAUGAGUGGGGAAGUGAUUUCAAUAUUCCUCCUCACAAGUUAGAAUCCCAGCUUGCGUUACUGAUCCAAAGAGGUAUCUAUCGUGCAGAAAAAUUCUGGGAAUUAUCCAUUCCAUCUAUUCACACUCCACCGACACCAAAACUGACUCAAGUUGCCCUCGAUGAAGCCAUUUCUACGAUCAUUGGUGCCUCUUCCAGCGUUGUUGAAGAUUCGAAUCCAAUUGAAAAUGAAAAACCAUAUGAUCCUGCUUUUUACAUUACAGAAUUGGAUACAGAAAAUUCCGAGAAGACAGAAAACGCAUCAGAGAAUACAAGCAAGGAACCUCUUGAAGCUUCUCUCAAUCAAAUCAUUUUUUACGUUACGGAUCCAAGCAUUACAAACGCUUCCGAAGUUCUUAAUGCUCUGAUUCUCACAAUCCAGUCCCUCACCUCAUCCCGAGUCUUCUUCUUCAAAAUAAGAGAUAGAAUUCGCCAAACUUUAUCUCAACUCGAAGAAGUCCAGAAGAACAGUAAUCGUCAAUCCUCAUCGAAUCUUGAGGAGCUCAGCGAUGAAGACAAGAAGAAUAUUUCAAGGGCUGAGCGUUGCGUCCAACUUUCAAUCAGAUUAUUCAAGGCCUGGGUUAAAAGCGCCCUUCAAGACCUUGAGCCUCAGAUUAUUGACAUGGCACAGCAGUUUGUUGACAACGAAUUAAUGGAAAAAUACUCAACACACGUUUCAAAUAUUUUCGAACGCAAAAAUUCAGUUUCUCCACAAAUGACAUCCGCGAAAUCUCCUCAGAAACCACCACCAGCAGUAGAUAUCGGUAACUGUCCGAACUUGUGGACAGGCGGUUUCGACUUAUUCGAUCUUCCAAUUACAGAACUUGCCAGACAGUUAACUUUCUGGUCAUACACGAGAUACUACAACAUCAAGCGCGACGAGUUACUCGAUGGAGCUUGGGAAAAACCACGUCUUAAGUACAGAGCUCCAAAUGUCAUUGCCUUGACUCAACAUUACAACAAAUUAACAAGCUGGGUCGCACAUACUAUCCUCAGCGAGCAGAAUUUCAGACGGCGAAUCGAAAAGAUGAACAAAAUUAUUCAAUUGAUGAAAGCACUUUUCGGUGACAACAAUUUCCUUGAUGGAAUGGGUGUAUUGGGUGGCCUUGGAUCUAACGCCAUCUUCCGCUUGAAAUACCAUUUCUCCCAGAUCGCAAUUGACAGAAAAGAGUACUUGGAGAAGAUGGAAGUCCAAUGCUCGCCAGACAAAGGCUUCUUACAACUCAGAAAGAUGCAGGAUGAAGCAGUUUUGAACGGAAAACCUGCAUUACCUUAUCUCGGAAUUCUUCUUGCGGAUCUCUUCAAGUACGAAGAGAACGUUCAGUUGUGGGUCAACGGACUUAUCAACUGCAGAAAGAUCAAGGGUCUUUACAACUUCAUUUCAAAGAUUUUGGAAUUCAAGAGGACAAACUACUUCUAUUUGUCAAUCGACCAGGUCCAGGAGAAGAUAGACAACAUGGAAAUCUACGAUCCAGACUUACUCUUUGAAAUGUCCCUCGAUGUUGAAAAAGAUGGAGCUCUAUCUGCCGCUGACUGCAAGGACACACCAUUGCCAACUCAAUCAGCUAAGUAG